AUGAACUUCGAUCAAAAUACUGUCAUUACCCUCACCCUCGCGGCCGCAGCUGCCUCUACUCAUUCUCAACCAGCUUAUGGCUAUGCUCCUCAACCUACCUACGAGUGUCAACAGCGACAGGAUACGUGGCCGAGGUCAACUAGGAGGGCUGUUGUUGCCCUUGCCCUCGUGGCUGUUGCUGCUGCUGCUCCUUCUCUGCCAGCCUAUGGCUAUGCUCCUCAGCCUACGUAUGAGGUCCCUGCCAAGUACGACUUCAACUAUGCAGUGAAGGACGACUACUCCGGCAACGACUUCGGUCACCAGGAGGCCCGUGAUGGCUAUGACACUCAGGGUUCCUACUACGUUCUUCUUCCCGACGGUCGUCUGCAGAAGGUCGCUUACACUGUCAACGGCGACUCCGGCUAUGUGGCUGAGGUCAGCUACGAGGGUGAGGCCCAGUACCCCGAGUACAAGCCUGCUCCUUACCAUCCUGCACCUGCCUACAAGCCUGCUCCUUCUUACCAUCCCGCACCUGCCUACAAGCCAGCCCCUGCAUACGAACCUGCCCCGACCUAUGAGACCACCCCUGCCUACGCCUAA